UGGAGAGCCAGGGAAGCUGAUCCCUCUCGGACAGUUUGUUGGAUGUUGGCCGGUGGGUUUGUAAAUCACUUCAGUCCAAAUUGAUGGAACAACUGAUGCAUACACGUUCCAGGUAAGACAACAAAGGAUGGAGAAAAGACAAGCAGAUUCAACAGUGACGGAAAAUGCUCAAGCCUGCCUUGAACUUUUAGAGAUUGUAAAUGAUGGCAAACCUACACAAAACACAGAGGUCUGUAGACAGCAAGAGGCCCAGUUGCUGAGAGAAUCAUGGCAGCACCCACUGCUGUGCCCUUACCCUGUGGAGGACUUUGAGUUGCCCACUAGCCUACAGCUCCAGGAGCUGCCUCUGUUUCCACAGUGGCACCUGCCUCUCAAGGUCAUGACCUCCCUGAUGGUUUCCACAUUCCUCUACACACUACUGAGGGACGUCCUGCAACCGCUGGUGACCCAGAGCCGGAAUGACUCCUACAAGAUUCCCAUUCUGGUGAUGAACAAGGUGCUGCCUUGGACCUCCAUCACCCUGCUGGCCACAGUGUAUCUUCCCGGGGUGCUGGCAGCCAUCUUGCAACUGCACAGAGGCACCAAGUACAGUCAGUUCCCGGGCUGGCUGGAGAGGUGGAUGUGUGUGAGGAAGCAGCUGGGCCUGCUGUCCUUCCUGCUGGCUGCGCUCCAUGCCCUCUACAGCCUCAGCUACCCCAUGAGGCGCUCCUACAGGUACAAGCUCCUCAACUGGGCCUACCAGCAGGUACAGCAGAAUAAGGAUGAUGCAUGGAUAGAAGAUGAUGUUUGGAGGAUGGAGAUCUAUGUCUCUCUUGGAAUUCUGGGACUUGGAGUCUUAGCAGUAAUUGCUAUGUCCUCCCUACCAUCUGUUAGUGAGUCUUUCAACUGGAGAGAGUUCCAAUGCAUUCAGAGAACUCUGGGAUAUCUUGCUCUGCUCCUGUGCACAACUCACGCGCUGGUCUUUGGUUGGCGCAAGUGGGUGGAGCCAAAGCAUUACGUCUGGUACACGCCCCCAUCCUUCAUCCUAGCCUCUGUCCUUCCUGCUGGCGUGCUACUGGUCAAGAUGGUGCUGUCACUGCCCUGUCUGGACCGAAGGCUGGAGCAGAUUCGCCGAGGCUGGGAAAGACCGCACUCCCAGUGAGAGCACGAGAGGGGAAAGGAGGUUAUGUAGCUGCCCGCAGGAUGGACAUCAUGCCAUGGGCAUAAUCUUUAGCUAAAUGGAACGAGUCAGUGAAGUGUAUGUUCCCUAUAGGACCCUGUGACAUGGUGAUGUACUUAUGCACUAUAGGAGACAUACACAUAAUAAUGACAUCAUCCAUGGAGGGAAAAGGUGUUGAGACAUUAUAGUAGGAAAGCUCUUUCCCUGUUUUAAAGAACAACAUGCAGCCUUCAAAUAUGUUGCUGAUUAUACUCAAACAUGUACGAUCAGCAGCAUAUUUUGAAGACUGCACAAUUCCUCAAAGCUGUUCUUACCUGUUAAAUAGCUAUGAAACACAGCAUAUUUAGGCAUGUGUCACCCUGACAAAGACUUGAAAAUAGUGCCUGUCCCUGUGUUAGCGCUCAAGGUUGUCACUACUUUAUUUAUAUCAAAGGUGAAUUAUGAAAAUUGUAUUUCAGUAUGUGUGCUGUAUGCAGCCUUAUGCCCCAACUGGGACGAAGAGGAUAAGUAAGUAAGUAAUGUGUGCUGUAUCUCGGUAUGUAGGCUACUAGUGCAAAAACACUGAAAUAACAAAACCCAGUUUAGGGGCCAUCAUGGUUUGUAAACGUGAUGCAGUGAGAUGAGAAUGUGACAUUCAGAACUCUUCCCGUCAUCACAUCAAGGUGGGAAGCUUGUUGAAUUAAAACCACCUCAACGUUACCUAUCUGGACCAAGUCUCUGCUGACAACUGAAGAAGGGACGUGUUCGUGACCUGCUGCCACAAUGUCAAUGCAAAGCUAUUGUGCCAUAUGCUCCUGUUUGCAGAGGGACAGGCACAUAAAUAGUGCACUUUGAACAGGACUCCUCAGACAAGGUUGAAAACGAUGUUAGGGUGCUUCUUCCUUUUGAUCUUUUGACCAAAUGUUGACAAAUAUGUUUUUAUAAAAAUCUAUUUAUAAUAGAUUAUACAACUAUUAUUAAACUAUUUAAAUUGUGAAAAAGGUAGUAGAGAUAUGUGAACGUUCUUGUUCAAAAUUAAUUUAGUCUAAAAAGGUUUCAAUUCUAUAUUUGUAAAAACAUGUUCAGUGCAUUAUGUAUUGCUGUUUGUUUAUUAUUUUGUGAACAGUUAUUUACCCUAA